CAGGAUCACCUAGAGCAGGUUGGAACUUGGGAUCCAUUGAGCGGCCUUAACAUGACAGAGAAUCAGAAAGGAAAACCAGCAAACAUCACAGAUUCCCUGUCCAAUCGCUCUUUAAUCGUUACCACCAUCUUGGAAGAGCCAUAUGUUAUGUUCAAGAAGUCUGACAAACCCUUAUAUGGAAAUGAUCGAUUUGAAGGUUAUUGCAUUGACCUCCUCAGGGAGCUGUCUACUAUCCUUGGAUUUUCCUAUGAGAUUAGACUGGUGGAGGAUGGAAAAUAUGGAGCCCAGGAAGAUGCCAGCGGACAGUGGAAUGGAAUGGUUCGUGAACUAAUUGAUCAU